UAUAUAUAUCUUUAUUGAAUUAAAGUCAACUGUGGAGAAUUUGUGGAGGGAUGCGCUCUACUGAACACCACUCUAGCUUACACUAAUGCUGCUCUCAAACAUUCCCAAAUAAAGGAGUAAAAAAGCUGCUACAAACUAAAAAGAAACUCUUCUUACUUUGUCAUUUCCAAGUCUCCUUAUGAGCUUGUAAUAAAAUAUAUUUUGGGAGUAUAUUCCUGCAAUCCCACAUUUUUAAAGGAGAAAAUUUAACAUGCAAAACCAUAUUGGUUUAAUUUAGACAAUACUGUAAUCCUUUAUUAUCCCUUAAACGAUUUACAUUCUUGCUUCCAUGUGUUGUGGUCCAAACCCCUAAAUACUUGUAGGACAACAGGACAGCUUUCUGUGUUGCUGUGUGUCUUGAAAUGUCCCGGUCACAAAUUCCAAUCUUAAAUCCGGUGCACUUCGCCAACUACACCCUCGGGGCUCCACCCUACCUUUCUCUCCCUCCGUAGUGUGGACUUCACGUUUUAUCCUUUCUUUGCUUUAAUCAUCUGCCAGACUCCUGCCUUGUGGGGAACCGCUUUGUGUGCUCGAAUUACAUAAAAAAAACAAAACACACGAGAGGUGGGAGUGCUGUGAGUUUAGUCUUCGUCCCCUUUAAAAAACUAUGCAGCCCUAGCGGUGGUUAAUAUCUGGGCUCCCUGGAAAAGUCUGCGGAGAGGAGGGAGAGGGAGAGAGGGAGCCAGAGGGGGGGGACAAGCCGAGUCGGAGAGAUCAUGGCGGCACCGCUCGGACGGGACACCCUACCUGACCACUGGUCGUACGGAGUUUGUAGAGAUGGCCGGGUCUUCUUCAUUAAGUGAGCGGUGGCUUUACUUUCUCGACGCUUUGGUUCUCUGUCGAGGCUUUAAGCGAAGGUUUUCUUUUAUUUGUUUUAUUGUUUUAUUACCGUUCAGUAACAGGUGUCUCUCUUGCAGCGAUAAAACUCACAGCACUACUUGGCUUCAUCCACGGACUGGUGAACCUGUUAACUCGGGACACAUGAUCCGGUCAGAUUUGCCGAGAGGAUGGGAAGAGGGCUUCACGGACGAAGGCGCCAGCUACUUCAUCAACCACAACCUUAGGGCAACAUCCUUUCGGCACCCUGUGACUGGACAGAUUUCGCCUGAAAACACAGAAUACACACUACAGGACAGGAUAGAAGCCCGUAUGUCCAAGUCGGCGGCCAAUCAGAGAUCCCCCAGCAUGGUCACAGAGUCAUCCAAGGCUGUGACCUCAGUGGCAGUGGAGGUCACCCCAGGGUCAAAGGGCUCCAGAGGUACAGGGAAAGUACACAGUUUUGGCAAGAGGGAUCAUGCUAUUAAAAGAAACCUCAACAUCCCAGUGGUGGUGAGAGGCUGGCUCUACAAACAGGACAGCUCUGGAAUGCGACUUUGGAAAAGGAAGUGGUUUGUUUUAUCAGACUACUGCUUGUUUUACUACAAAGACAGCCGAGAGGAGUCGGUGCUCGGCAGCAUCCCUCUGCCCAGUUAUGUCAUUGCACCAGUCGAGCCUGAUGACCACAUAAACCGCAAAUACGCGUUCAAGGCGAGCCAUACAGGAAUGCGCUCCUACAUUUACAAUAAGAACUCUGUGAUUGGCUCACAGGCAGAACACUGCGGGAUGCGGACAUAUUUCUUCAGUGCGGACACACAGGAGGACAUGAAUGGUUGGAUCCGGGCCAUGAACCAGGCUGCGCUGAUGCAGCAGAGUCACACCAUUAAGAGAGAGGUGGAGAAGCCAAAGAAGGCUGUGCAGCAGGCGGUCCCGCAGACCAACCAUGUCCACAUCAACCAGAGCUCACCUCAGCCAGAAAGCCUUUGCAGGACAGACAGAGAUGACCCUCCGGAUAAAAGCGUUCAACUGGGUCAUGGAGAUGAGGUGAGGUACGGAUUGGAGAUCCAAGCGAGGCCCAGCCAGUCGGCCACGGAGGAGAGAGCAGAGAGACUGUCUCCAGAUUCUGUCGAUGGUGCCGUCCACAAGAAUGGACAGCAAACUGUCAUCCAAGUGACUCUGGCACCGGAACAGAACGGCAAUCUUGUGUAUCAGAGGGGAUUUGGGUCGCGGCCGGACCCUGAGAAACAUGUGCAGAGGAAGAACACGCUGGCUCAGGUGGAGCAGUGGGUCAAAGUUCAUAAAGGUGACCCAUCGAAGAGCACUCCCUCGGCUGAGUAUAACCUCCCUCGGCGGACUCCUCCCCUAAAGCCCAAAGCCAGCGCAGCCGAUGCCACCUAUCAGUCGCUGCCAAAGUCUCCCCGUCUCCCGUCUGGCAGCAACUCCCCUCCAGCAACAUGCAACCUGCCCAGUGACUACAAGUACGCCCACGACCGCCUCAGCCACUUCCGCAUGUCCACUGAUGAACGUAUGGCCACCAAGGAGGGAAUGGUGUGGCAGCUGUACGAGUGGCAGCAGCGGCAGCAGUUCCGUCACGGCAGCCCCACCGCCCCCAUCUACACCGGGCCCAACUUCACAGACUCUUCAUCUUUCAGAGUUACUGUAGAGAUGCCGCGCUCCAUCUCAGUCCCUCCGUCCCCAUGUGAAGUCCCACCAUCAGUCCCCUCCUCCUUCAAGCCCCUGUCCCCACGCCGGCCACACACUCCAUCAGACAGACGCACAGUCAGGCCCCUGGAUGAAGUCCUAACCGGGGACAGCACAAGAUCCAGCUCCCCCGGCCAUAUUUGUGCCCAGCUCUCUCAGACUUCCCAAAUAGAGAGAAGGUCCAUGCCAGCCAUGGGCUACAUCACACACACCGUCAGCGCGCCCAGCUUGCACGGCAAAACGCCAGAGGAGCUGACUCUGCUCCUCAUUCAGCUUCGGAGGCACCAGGCCAAGAUGGCUGGUGUGCAUAGCCCCGGCGAUGCGUUCGCUCACUUGCAGCACCACCAGCACAACGGCCUUCUAGGCCCCAGCAUGCAGGCUGAUGAUACUUACAUACAACUGAAGAAGGACCUGGAGUAUCUAGAUCUGAAGGUGGGCCCCAACAAAAUCCAAAGUAUUGACCCGAUGAUCGUUUCAGUACACAAUGUGUUUGAAAACUCCACUCCGAGUUUUGGGUACUUUUGGAAUGUUACUGGACGUGAAAGUUUAAAAACAGAAAGACCAUCAAGGCCUGUGAAAAUAGCAGAAAGUGAUGCUGAUGUGAAAUUAAGUCGACUGUGUGAGCAAGACAAGAUUCUGCAGGAGCUUGAGGCCACGAUACGCACUUUGAAGGAGGACAAGGACAAGCUGGAGUCUGUGCUGGAUGUUUCCCACCAGCAGAUGGAGCAGUACAGAGAUCAGCCAGCCCAUGCAGAGAAGAUUGCCUAUCAGCAGAAAUUACUACAAGAGGAUGUCGUGCACAUCAGGGCUGAAAUCUCCAAAGUCUCGACAGAGAUGGAGAACGCGUGGAAUGAGUACAGCCGGCUGGAGAGAGAUGUGGACUGGCUGAAGUCGGCCCUGCAGGGACAGAUGAGCCGCAGCGAUCUCACUCAGCAAGAAAAAGUCCAGAUCAGAAAAGAGCUGUGGAGGAUUGAGGAUGUCAUCGCCGGCCUCAGCACCAGUAAAGCCAACUACAAAGUCACGAUUUCCUCUGUGACCAACCCAGAGAGGAAAUUUGUGCCUUCAGUGUCGGCGUCAUCAGUGCCUUCUGUGUCUGGGAGCCCGUCUGCUAUGGAGAUGAGAUUGUCCCAUCAGCAGCAGCAGCAGCAGCAGCAGCAGCACAGCCCCCACCUCAGCCCCAGUAGCCACACACCCUCCCUUUCCUCCAGCCCGAGCCAGCAGCCUUUACGCCACUCUGCAACCAUCGCUUGUGGGUUUAAAUGGUUGUCCUGUAUGCAGGGUGAGGAUGAUGUGCCUCCCAGACCUCCUCUACCUCAUCUCUACAGUCCGGAUGAACAUCCCCCUGCUGUGCCCCCGUUGCCCCGGGAGACAACAGUCAUCAGACAUACUUCUGUACGCGGCCUCAAACGACAGUCAGAUGAACGCAAAAGGGACAGGGAGAUCGGCCAGUACACUAACGGAGACAGUAAGGUGGAACUUCGGCCUUUCCUGAGCGAUCCAGAGCUGAUGGGAGCUGGAGACGGCUCCAGCCACAUCACCAUAGCAUCAUCCGGACAUGACGGUUACCAGACGUUACCUAGCAGCAGAGGAGUGGCUAGCUCUGCACUGAGGCUAAAUCAGUCUUCGAGCAUCUCCUCAUAUGUGACCCUCCGAAGAGCAGCAUCAGCUGUUGGCAUGAAGGAGAGACCAAAAAGUGCCUUGGAGCGUCUGUACUCUGGGGACCCGGCACAGCAGCAGCAGCGGGGCAAGAUGAGUGCCGAUGAGCAGCUGGAGAGGAUGAAGAGGCACCAGAAGGCCCUCGUCCGCCAGCGGAAACGCACCCUGAGUCACGGAGAUCGCCACGCUUCUCCGUCGCCGCGACCCUCGUCCUCGUCCUCGCGCCCGCUCUCAGCAGACCUGGGAUCAUGGAAGAGAGAGCAGGAAUUUGACCUGCAGUUGCUCGAGAGGGCUGUUCAGGGCGAGGAGGCCCAGGGAGUUAGGAGCGUUCAGGGGGAGGAAAGACCUCCCGAGCACAAAGAGAGACCCCGGUCGCACUCUGACGAAUGGCUGACUUUCCGCUCCAUGGCCACUACCCCUCCUGCCCACGAGGUUGACCUGGAACCUCUAGAGUACGACCUGGAUCUCAACAAAGAGCUUUCCAAGCCUCAGAAAGUGUUGAUUCCGGAGCGCUAUGUGGAUUCAGAGCCCGAGGAGCCUCUCAGUCCGCAGGAGGUGGAGGACCGCCAUCGUAAGGUGGAGCGCAUCAAAAGCAUCUUGGCAAAGUCCAGUGUGCAAACCCUAGCAUCAACAGUGCCUGUGGACAAGCCAGAGGUGGGGCUGGGGGCACUCGACUCCGCUCUGCAGGAGCAGGAGAGGAUCAUCACCAUGUCCUACGCUCUCGCCUCGGAGGCUUCGCUCAAGAGCAAACUAGUCGCAGCUCAAGCUAUUUCUGGACACUGAGGUGCUAUUCCAUGAUGAGAACAUACAACUGGAUUUCUGCAAGAAAGGAGGAUUUUGUUUGAUUUUCGAACACCUACACCUUUCCAUACAGCGGUACGAGAACUGUACUAAACAUUUAACCUGCUCUCUGAAGCUCACGCAGCAUUGACUCAAUGUGUUUCUAGUUGCUGAACGCGACAGGGCGAUGGGAGCUGCUGUGCUUAUUAACUAUGGACGUGUCUAACAAAUGUUUAUCUCAUGAUGAUAAUAAUAAAAUAAUAUUUUCUACAUGCCACUGCACUUUGAAUUGUACACUGUAUCAUGUUUUCAAGGUAUGACUGACUUGCUUUUACUUGCAGUGUGAUGGAAACUUGGAACUCGUUUGUUUUUUGUGUUUGUUUUUUUUGUUUUUUUUUGUUUGUCCGUCAGGUACAGAAUGUUAAGGGGAAAAAAGGAGGUACUAAACGUCUCAUGAUGGUAAUGUUUUUGUCAAAACUCAGAUAAUGUUCUUACACCAAACCACUUGAAGUAUCAUAUUAUGUACCUAUAGCACUGCCAGUCUCCUUUUAGCUUGCCAAAAUGAAUUUUAUUUUUGCUUACAUCGGGAUGAAAAUAACCUUUAACAUAUUUUCUGUGUGACUGGGGAAGGUUGCACAAUGGAAGUUUAUAACAAUGUGAAUAUUAAAGAUAUUAACAUAA